GUGGGGGCGCGGUGUAUCAUGGGAGUAGAUGCACAAACAAAAACAACUGUCUCAGACACUUUUCGCCAAGUAGACGCACUAAGGUCACUCAGGUUCUUUGCUGGCACUGCAGCAUUUCAUGUUUAUGGUUUGACAAUGGAUGAAGAGGAGCUAAGACAUCAGCUAGCAAUGAUGUCUGGUGGGAGGAUGCCGAACUGUCCUGCCUCUGCAUCCAAAGGUUUCAGCUCGACGCCUCUCAAGAGCAGCUCGGGGAAAGAGAUCCCCUCACCCACUGGCUUGGAAGAUGGAGUCCUGUCUGAUGACGAAGACACAUUUUCUCUGCUUUCUCCCAUCUAUCAUGACAGUUUUGACAGUGAUGAAGAAGAACUGGAGCUCAGUGUGGCUGAGCUGACUUCACCCAGGCCGAGCGACCACUCAGAACUCAGCAUUUCACCUGUCAGGUGUGAGCUACCAAAAACACCUGUAAAGCAGAUGUUCAGUGCAGCCGUGCCGCCUGCAGCCUCACCCACUCUGAGUGCAUGGGAAGAGUGGCUGGUGAACAAAGCCAAAGAGCAACGACUCAAACUCGAAAAGACAGCAGAGGAGGAACAAUUACUCAAAGAAAAACAACAACAACAAGAAAUGGAGAAAGAAAAGAAAAAGACUGUCGUGGAAGAGAAGAUUCAGGAAUGGCUGCAGAUGAAAAGAGAACAGGAGAAGCGUGAGCAGCUUGUAAAGCAGGAAAAAGAGGAGGAGGAGACACGGAGGCGGCUGGAGAAACAGAGGGAGAUUGAACAGAAAGCUCAACAAAAGUACAAAGUCUGGCUGCAGAGGAAGAAUCAAGAAAAAAUAGAAAAAGAAAAGAAGUACAUGGAGGAAGCUGCCCUGAAGGAAGAGCAGGAGAAGCAGCGUCGCAAGGUGGCAGAGGCAACGUUUAAGGAAUGGCUGGCAAAAGCGAAUGAAAAAGGCGGAUCAGGUUCACAAUCACCUUGCUCCCCAAAAAGUCCAUAUGACAAAUCCUACCCAGCACCCAGCUACUACAAUCCAGUCCCAUGGAAACCCAUUCAUGUCCCUCCUCCAGAAAUAUCACAGAAGAAAUCGUCUGGCAAGAAACCUCAGAAACAAAGAAAAAAGCCUGCAAGGUUUUAAAAUGACUCAUCGCAACUCAUUCACUGUGGCUUUUUGACAGACACUCAGAGUCACAGCUCAUCACAUCACCCCCCACAGACAUUCAUCAUCAUUGGCUUCCAGUCAGGUUUUAUUCUGAGAACUGAAAUGCCUCCAUUCUUGGUCUUUUUCCUGAAACUGUGCAAAAAUCUGCUUGUUUUUAAAAGGCUUAUAAUAACUAGAUUUAUUAUAUUCCUACUGUUAUUUCUGUUUUUCUAAAGACAUGCUCCCACUGUACAUGUGGAUUUCAUUCAUACAUUGGAGAGAUUUGUAAUGAACGUUUCCAGUUUUUGAUUUUAGUAAUUUGUCCUUAUACUUGAGUUACCUUCCAUAAGUUUGUCUAGCUCAUUUACAAGCACAGAUAUUUUUUGUAUUAUGUAAAUUGAUUAUGUACAUUUUUUUCAUAAUAUUUAUCAAAUGUUUCCUCUUGUCUUUAUUUGUUCCGUCACUACGUGGUCAGCAGAAUGGCAUUUCACCGUAUUCAAGAAGGCACAAACCACACAGCACAAAGAAGGCUGCUUGUGGUCGGAGCCUAAGAUAGACCCGGCUCGUUCAAGUGCUUCUCACACUCACACAUUGUUCUGCAUCCAGCUGUGCCUUGUUCUUUUGUGGGCUGACAUGACGACAGAAACAAGUGAGGGGGUGGAGAGAGAGAGAGAGGGAGGGAGAGAGAGAGAGAGAAUCAGAUUGAGAACAGCAUGCUCACUCCGUGUUUUAGCAUCUCUGAUGUCAAUAAAUGAAGCCUGAGGUAAAGUGGUUCCUAUCUCAA